AUGGCCUCGGCUCCGUUCCCACACCGUCGGUACCUGGACCGCACACUGCCGGCGUUACGCCCCGCCCUCGACGAGCACGUCGAGGAAUACGUUCUCGGUGGCAUCGACCACAACUUGAGGACAAAGGAGGAGCGCGAGGAAGGUCUUGAGGCUCUCAUCCCCGAGAUCAAGGCCACGAAGGACAGCCAGAUCGACGCGUCGCUGAGGACUGAGCGCCAAACGAUCAGCAAGAGGCAGAUGGAGCAGCGCUUCGAGUGGGCCGGCAUCGUUGAUGCUUCCUCUACUGGGACGCCUCUUCGAGAGCUGCAAUCCAACCACGCUUUAUGCCAUGGGAAGGAGGACGAGGACUCUGACGUUAACGAGGAGCCAGCGUACAAACGCCGUAUGAAGGCAGAGUUCACCCCAAACGAGGACGACUUUGCAGUUAGGUUGAUUGCGGCGUUGGGGCCACACGACACCAAGUUGCAAGGUGCCCGAGCGACCAAGACUACUUGGGCCCCCUGGCAACUCGAGUCUUGGGAGAGGAUUAUGGCGUCAAACACCCUCAUGGGGCCCCUGCUCGAAAACUACACCGCCUCUUCUUGGGCUAAGCGGUACGAGCGGGGCGGCGAGACUUGGGCUUCGCUGGUGGACAGCUGCGUCCAGGAGGGGAUAAACACUCGGCUGCAGACCGAGGCCGAGGCUGCCGACGGGACAGACAUGGGCAAGAAGUUUGGAGCGACCUCGUUGGCCGUGGUGAAGCCGCUCGCCAAGAGCGGCACCGUAGCACCCUCCAACCAGCGCGCAUGGUCGUCGCCCGAGAUCGACCUCUUCUGCCGCAUUAUUGCAGCAAAUCGUCGCCUCUCGCAGAUUGGGCUGGGACCCAAGACGCGUUGCAGCGGGCAAGACCGCAAAACCCCGACACCAGACAAAGACUCAUUUUGGGCCAAUGCCAGGGCUGAACAUGGCUCGCGGCACCGGCUUUGGAGCUGGUCGGAUUGGCAGCUGCGCGAGUACUACCAUAAGCACCGUGUCCCGAUUGAGGACAAUGUCGAAGAGUACAUCAAGGCCGGUAUCCAGGCCAAUCUCAAGACGCGCUACGAGCCGGUCAACUUGAAGGGGGAUUGGCACGCCGGCAGUCGAACUCUGGACAUUUGA